GCAGAAGUAAUGGAGUAUGAAAAUGUUACGGAAUUUAUACUCCUAGGUCUUUUUAGUGAUGAGGAUGUAAAGGCUAUCUGCUCUGUGCUCUUCUCACUUUGCUAUCUUGCAAUCCUCUCAGGAAAUCUGGUCAUGCUCCUCACCAUCAGGGGCAGCCACCUUCACAAACAGCCCAUGUACUUUUUCCUCAGCUACCUGUCUCUCAUGGAUAUGGGCUUCACUUCCACAGUGGCCCCCAAACUGAUCAUAGAUCUUUUGACUCGGUGGAAUACCAUCUCCUAUAACGGCUGCAUCGCCCAGAUGUUUUAUGCCCACUUCUUUGGUGCCACUGAGAUCUUCAUCUUGGUGGUCAUGGCCUAUGAUCGCUAUGUGGCCAUCUGCAGACCCCUUCACUAUAUGGCUAUCAUGAGCAGACAGAUGUGCUAUGUCCUUUUGAUGGCCUCUGUUGUUGGAGCCUUUCUGCAUUCAUUCAUGCAGGUAUUGAUUAUUAUUGAUCUUCCCUUUUGUGGCCCCAGUCAGAUAGACCACUAUUUCUGCGACAUAUUCCCAUUGCUGAAGCUCGCCUGCACUGACACAAGGCACUUGUUUAUUACAAUCAUUACCACCACAGGGGUGCUGUCCAUUUUGACCUUUGUUGCCUUGGUGAUUUCUUACAUCAUUAUCCUGUCCACCUUGAGGGCAGGCUCCUCCCAGGGCCGCCGCAAAGCCCUCUCCACCUGCGGCUCACACAUCACUGUUGUGUUCCUGUUCUUCCUGCCUCUUAUCUUCACCUAUGCCCCCACAGCUGAUUCCAUCAGUGAUGACAAGGUGUUAGCUCUCUUUUACACUGUGAUUGCACCAUUGUUCAAUCCUCUCAUCUACGCACUUAGAAACACGGACAUGAAGAAGGCCAUGAGGAAAGUGUGGUGUGGAGACCAACUGUUUGGAAGGAACUGA